AUGAAUAUAAUCAUUGAAAGUACUGAACAAUUCAUUAAAGAUACUGGCGAUAAUCAAACUACAUUAAAUCUAUCCAUUCAAACACCUUACAAUGAACAUUGUACAUUGAAUAGUAUCGGGCAAACAACUUCUUCUUCGUUCAUAAACACUUCAUCCUCAACAUCAACAAUAAUGACAAAUUCCACACUACCAUUAACUACUACUACUACUAAUACUAAUACUACUACUAAUAAUAAUAGUAGUAAUGAUGUUUUCAAUUAUUCCAAUCUAAUCAAUAUGAUACAAAGCCAAUCAUUCAAUCCAAUGAAAUCAUUCUAUGAAAAUAUUGAACAAAUCUAUGAAAAUCUCAUGAAACAUCAACAACUCACAUCAUUCUCUCAAUAUUCACAACAACAUGAACCACACGAACAACAAACGCCAUUACCAGUCAAUCAUGAUUUGAAUAGAUUGAUUCAUCAUCCACCCUCUUUAGGCCAAACAGCAACAUCAACAACAUCAGGGAUGAGCAACCAGAACAACAACACUGUCACACAGAUCAAUUCUACAAAUGAUCAUCAAUGUGUACAAUGUUUCAUAUGUCAUCAAUCGAUUGUCAACGAUUCGAAUGAAACGAAUAAUGACCUUGAAAAUCUUGUCAAACAUUUAACAAUGCAACAUAUGUUACCAUUACCGAUUGUAAUGAAUUACGUAAUUGGUUAUAUGAAUGAAAGAGGUGAUAGUUAUAACAAUACUACUAGUACUAAUGAUACUACUACUAAUACUACUACUACUAAUAGUACGUUGACUGUUAAACCGAAUCAAAAUAUUCAAUUUAUGCCUAAAUUGAAUAUUGAUCCAUUAUGGGAUACAAUGGAUAGUAAUGAGAAUAAUGCAUUGCCUUUUCAUUUAACAAAUGUUUUAUAUAAAGAUAGUAAGAUAAAUCAAUUGGAAGUUCCAAUGCAUUUAAAAUCAACUUAUCCCGAUCAAAUAUCACCAUCACAUCAAACACAAUCAUCAUUGACAACAACCAUGGCAACAAUCACACAACCUUCGUUAUCAAACAAUGCAUUAGAUCUCCAUUCAACUAUACACAAUCAACAAUGGUUUUGUUCACAAUGUAAUCAAAAAUUUCCUAAUAUUCAACAAUUUCAUUUACAUUUUACACAAAUUCAUCAUUCCAGUGUGUCAGAAUUGAACACAUUGAAUUUCAUUGGCGGUAAUAUGAUGAACAAUAAUAAUACUUCGACGACCAAUUCCUUAUUACCGUCAUCAUCGUUAUCAGUGUCAUCAACCGGGAUCCAAUCGAAACCAAUGAAUCAUAAUACCCUGUUGACCAAUAAUCGUUCAAUGCUUACUGGUAACAAUCAUAAUACUAAUAACAGUAGUAUUGAUAGUAGUAUCGACAGUAGAAUGCCAAUAUUCAAUGAUUAUUAUUAUCAGUAUUAUGAUUGGUUAAAAUCAAAUUAUCCUCCAAAUGCAUUGAUUGCUCCAACCAAUUUUACAGCAUUUGCAACGGCAGCCGCGGCGGCCGCCUCCGCUGUGGGUGCGGCUGCGGGUGCUGCUGGUGCUUACAAUGAAAUGCCUUCAUUAAAACAAAUUGAACCAGCAUUGAUGAUGAAUGAAUUCAAUGCGAAUUUAUUUCAUUCACCUAUUGAAGAAACAUUGAACACCAUUGUGACUACCACUUCUACUUGUAAUACUACUCACAUUAGCAAUAGUAGUAGUAUUAAUAGUAGUAUUUGUAGUAUAUCGAUGAAAAAUAAUCGAAAUCAAAUAGAACCAACAGAACGGAGAAAACGAUGCAAAGAAUCUUUGUAUCCUCCACCACCAAAUAAGCCAUGUUUAUUAUCUGAAGCGAAAACGUACAAAAUUUGA